AGGGCGGGGCUAGCGAAUUCAAACUAGAGCGGGAGCAGUUGUGAGGACAUUGAGGGCGCUGGUUCGGAAUCGCGGUAACCGGGAGCGGCGGAAGGGUGAUUGUCCGAGCUCGUGGCUACGUAACUACUGCACAUGCGCGAUUCUGGGGUAUAACCGGUGAACUAUUAGCCGGGAGAUGGCGACCACUGUGUUGAAUGUGCGCAAUGUUUUUGAUCAGUUAAUUCGCCUGGUGGACGGUGUAAAUGAGGGGAUAGAACCACAAUUCUUUCAGCUGGCUCGGAAUUUUGAGGAUUUCCGAAGAAAAUGGCAAAAAACAGAACAAGAGCUUGUAAAAAGCAGAGAAAUGCUGAUGAAGACAGAGACGGAGCGCAGCGCACUUGAAGUAAAGCUGAAACAUGCUCGCAAUCAGGUGGACGUGGAGAUCAAGAGGCGGCAGAGAGCUGAAGCCGAUUGUGAGAAAAUGGAGCGUCAGAUACAGUUGAUAAGAGAGUUGCUAAUGAGUGAUCCAUCCGGAAGCAUUCAGCUCAGUGAACAGCAGAGAAGUGCGUUGGCUUUCCUCAAUAACAAAACACAAAUGUCUACAGAUGGCAAUGGGACUAGAAGAUUAUCUACAAUAGAUGAGUCUGGCUCCAUCCUCUCGGACAUCAGCUUUGACAAAACAGAGGACUCACUGGAUUGGGAUUCUUCUUUUGUCAGAAACGUGAGACUGAAGAAAAGAGAAAAGCGACGCUCCUCCAGGCAGCAAACAGAGGGUCCUCCUGCUCCAUCAAAGAGGACUCGUUCCAUUGGGUUGGCUGUGGAUCCAGCCAAUGAGUCCAUAGUGACAAAAACAAUGGUAACUGUUCCAAAUAAUGGAGGCAUUAUUGAAGCGGUUUCAACAAUAGAGACUGUACCUUAUUACACACGAAGCCAUAGGGCUGGCCAGCUUCAGCCCUGGAACAGUGACUCUAGUUUAAUGAGCAGACAGUUUGAUGACCGAAAUGAGACAAACUCUUGCAGCAGAACUCCACAGAACCAUGGGAUAAGACUUCAUGAGUUUGUUUCAAAAACAGUGAUUAAACCAGAGUCUUGUGUUCCUUGUGGGAAAAGGAUCAAAUUUGGAAAAAUUUCUUUGAAAUGUCGCGACUGCCGUGUUGUGGCUCACCCAGAAUGUCGUGAACGUUGCCCUCUUCCAUGUAUCCCUUCUUCUGGAAACACUCCAGUUCGCAUUGGAGAGGGCUCCCUUGCUGAUUUUGUGCCACUUACAGCACCAAUGAUUCCUCUCUUAGUGGUUCACUGUGUCAGUGAAAUUGAACAGAGAGGACUUCACGAGACAGGUUUAUACAGAAUCUCUGGCUGUGACCGCACUGUCAAAGAGCUGAAGGAGAAGUUUCUGAGAGGGAAAAGCGUGCCUUUACUAAGCAAAGUUGAUGACAUUCAUGCUGUCUGUGGCUUUCUCAAGGACUUUUUGCGUAACCUGAAGGAACCACUUCUUACCUUCCGCCUUAAUAAAUCUUUCAUGAAGGCAGCAGAAAUAACUGAUGAAGGUAACAGCAUUGCUGCCAUUUAUCAAGUUGUGGAUGAGCUUCCAGCACCUAACAGAGAUACACUUGCUUUCCUAAUGAUGCACCUUCAAAGAGUGGCUGAUAGUCCAGAUUGUAAGAUGGAUAUAACCAACCUGGCUAAGGUGUUUGGUCCAACUUUGGUGGGGAAUGCAGUUGCUGACCCUGAUCCCAUGACAAUUCUACAAGACACAAAGAGACAACCCAAGGUAGUGGAAAGAUUGUUGUCCUUGCCAGCAGAUUUCUGGAAUCAGUUCAUGAUGGUAGAAAAUAUGGACCCUUCUCAUAUUAUUGAAAAUACAAAUGUAUUCAACACUCCCCAGACCCCCGAUGGCAAAGUUAGCAUGUUGGGACCUCUGACAACCCCUGAGCAACAAAUUACAAAAACUCCUUCCACAAGUUCCCUGUCCCAGAAAGUUCGAUCCACUAUUGGCAGAAGUACACCAAAGUUCGGAAGCAAAAGUAAAUCUGUUACCAGCAUUGCACGACAGGGCAAUUACUUUGCCUCUCCGCUAUUAAAAUGAGCUGCCAGAAUUUAACACAAGAAAUUGCAAAUUUUUUUAUUUUUUAUACUAUGCUUUUAUAUGGGGUUUUUAUUGGAGGUAAUGAAAGAUCCCUAAAAAUACUGUAACUUGAAAAAUAGUAAUACUGCACAACUAACGUUUUAUUUGUAAGUCUGCUUUAAUUGCUACAUACGAAAUGCAGAGUUUUUGAAAAUGGAAUAUUUAAAUGGACUUUUGUUUUGAUCAGACUUUUGUUAUAAACUGUAUAGUAUAAAUUGAAGCUGUCCUCCGUUUUGCUGGAGACAAUAGUAGCAGUAGUUUUUACGCUGGGAUAUUGAUGGUAAUGCCCAGAUUUUUUUAUGUAUACACAUUUUAUUUUUACUUUUAUCUUGUGUGUAUCAUUCUCUCCUUGGAAUACAUUUCCUUUUUAAAAGAAACACCUCACAUUUAAAAUACAGUCCAAUAUGCUGGCAGGAUGUUAGAGCAGGAGGAGCUGAGCAUAUUGAUGGAUAGUUAUGGGGAAAAAGUCCCAUUAUAACUUGUCAUUUUUGUCAUUAUCUCAGCUCAUUCUGGGCUAUGUAGUCUGACUCUGUGAUGUAUAUCUAGAAAAUGCUGACAAUAACUGAGGGUGACCACUCAUUUGACUACUUAGCCCAGAUUGAGCAGAUUUUACAUGAAUAAAUAAGGUAUCUUGGAACUUUCCCCACAAAUAUAUGCAUCAGCCUUCUUAGCUCCUCCUUCUCUUUAACCUGAUGCCUGCACACUGAACUGUAUUCUUCACUGUGGCAAGUACUCUUUUAUAGCAAACUUAUAUUACUGAAAGGAAUACCUUUUUGCUGUCAGGCUAAAACUGUAAGCCUCUGUGUAUUUUAUACAGUAUCAUUUAUGUAAAUACAGCACUGAUAAAUUAUCUUUAACCAAAACUUUGUG